AUGAGUAAUUAUCUGCCGCCUCGUCUGCCGGUUUUCUUUUUCCAGCAUCAUAGCAGGGCGGCGUACUUGAUAAUGGAUCUUCAUUACAGUAGUAAUCGUGAAGAAGUUCUUAUUCAACUCGACAAUUUCAUCAAACAGCCGAGAAGUGAAUCAAUGCGCAUCAAUCUUGGAUAUUACCUGUGGAAAUCCUUCAAUACAGUCAACAGAAGUGAAUCAAUUCGCAUCGGUCUUGGAUAUCACUUGUGGAACUUGUUUGAUACAGUUUACAUACUUUUACAGGAAGUAGCAGCAGUGUACCAAAAGUUCUUAGACUCAACAUUAACCCUCAAGGAAUCUGCUCGAGUUCGUAAUGCCCUUACUGUAUUUCAGUGUAUGGCCUCUCACCCAGAUGCAAGAAAGUGGCUCGUCAAAGAAAAAAUACAAGAUUAUCUUUACCCAUUCCUCCAAAUUACUCCAAAUGUGAUGUCGCCUCUGCAACUUCUGAGGCUUAGCAUCUUCAAUUUUAUUGAUGCCCUUACAAAGUUUGAUGAGUUACAUGGGCAUGAAAUUCUUCUUUUAUUUCUAGACACACAAAUAUUUUCUUCCUGUGUGAACUGCAUUCGUGAUGGUGAUAAACCGAUAAAGAAGGCUGCAACACUCAUACUUAUGAAAAUCUUGAUGCAAGAGGAAGGGUUAAGAUAUUGUUGUUCUCGCCCCGAUGAUUUUCUGUCAGUGAUACGAAUCUUGUGUCAACUUGUACGAUCAUUUUCUUAUCAAAUCCCUUGUUCACAGCACCUAAAAUAUGUUGUUCAAUGCUUCCUAAGUCUUUCGCGGGUAGCUUGGGAAGACAGGGUAUAUGAAACAGUGAGAGACAUGCUUCCUCUACAGCUAAUUGAAAACACUUUUCACAAUAUUAUUCAUAAAGAUCCAGAGAUUCCAGAAAUGCUGCAUCAGUUAGUGUGGAAUCUUAAUCAUCGACCACCUCAAUAA